GCCCCUGGCGGCGGCGUGCUACGACAACAACCUCGUCAACUCGCAGGGCAUGUUCCUGGGCGACCAGCCGCUGCGCUUCGCCCUCCCGCUCUUCCUCGUCCAGGUCUCCCUCAUCCUGCUCCUCUCCGCCGCCGCGCACCUCCUGGUCCGCCGCCUCGCGCAGUCCCGCUUCGUCACCCACAUGCUCGUCGGCAUCCUCCUCGGCCCCACCUUCCUCGGCCGCUGCGACGCCUUCCGCGCCGUCCUCUUCUCCGAGCGCGGCACCUACAUCCUCGAGAGCGUCUCCCUCGUGGCGCUCAUCCUCUUCCUCUUCUCCAUGGGCGUCAAGACCGACCUCGGCCUCCUCCGCCGCCCCAGCGGCCGCGCGCUCGCCGUGGCGCUCACGGGCGCCCUCGUCCCGCUCGCAGUCACGCUCCCCGUCUUCCACGCGCUGCGCCCGUCGCUCCCCGACGACCUCCGCGGCACGUCGCUCGUCUCCGAGCUCGCCGUCCGCCUCUCGCUCUCCUCCUUCCCCGUCAUCGCCGACGCGCUCUCCGACCUCGACCUCCUCAACACCGACCUCGGCCGCAUCGCGCUCACCGCCUUUCUCAUCACCGACGUCGUCUCCUGGUUCAUCCGCGCCUGCUCCGCCGCCUUCAUCCUCGUCACGGAGGCCACGUCCCCCGCCUUCACCGCCAAGAUCCUCGCCUCCUUCGUCGGCUUCGUGCUCUUCGUGGGCCUCCGGCUCGACUCCUUCUUCAUCGCGCUGUUCCUGCCCGUGUACAUGGCGCUGUCGGGGUACCGCACGGACCCCGGGGAGCUGAGGCUGGGAGCCACCGCCGAGCACUACUCCGUCCUCACGCUCUCCAUGGUGCUCAUCACCGCCGUCUCCACGCCGCUCAUCAGCCUGCUCUACGACCCCGCGGGCCAGUUCGCCAGGGCCAAGCGCCGCACGCUCGAGGAGCAGCAGGACGGCGGCGACCUCCGCGUGCUCGCCUGCCUCUACACCGAGGACCACGCGGCGCCGCUGAUCGACCUGCUGGACGCGUCGGGGUCGUCGCGCGAGGCCCCCGUGUCGCUCGUCGUGCUCCACCUCACGGAGCUCGUCGGCCGCGCCGUCUCCGUGCUCAAGCCGCACCGCCACCGCAAGGCCACCAGCAACCCCUCGCCGUCGGACCGCAUCGUGAACGCCUUCCGCUACUUCGAGCAGCAGGCGGCGGCGGUGACGGUGAGCCCCUACGUGGCGCAGGCGCCCUACAGCUCGAUGCACCACGACGUGUGCUCGCUGGCGCACGGCCGCAAGGCCACCCUCGUCCUGCUGCCCUUCCACAAGUCCUCCGACGGCGCGCGCAGCACCGCCAACGCCGCCGUCCGCGCCGCCAACCGCGCCGUGCUGCAGUACGCGCCCUGCUCCGUCGCCAUCCUCGUCGACCACGGCCUCGCCGCGGGGUCCGCCUGCGCCACCGCCGCCGGCAGCCUGCUGCAGCGGGUGGCGCUCUACUUCCUGGGCGGCGCCGACGACCGCGAGGCGCUGGCGUACGCGUCGCGGAUGGCGGAGGCCGGCGCCGUUUCGCUCACGGUGGUGCGCUUCAAGCUGCGCAACUGGGUCGGCAUGGGCGGGCGCGACGAGGCCAGGGACGAGGAGGUGCUCCAGGACUUCUGGACCAGGCACAGGGACAACGACCGCGCCGUCUAUGUCGAGAAGACGGUGGAGGACGGCGAGGGCACCGCCUCCGUCGUGCGCUCCAUGAGCGAGAAGUUCGACCUGCUCGUGGUGGGGCGGCGCGGCGGCGACGGCCCCUCCUCCACGGAGGGCUCGUCGGCGGCGCUCACCAGCGGGCUGUCGGAGUGGAGCGAGUUCCCGGAGCUGGGCGUGCUGGGGGAUAUGCUGGCCUCCGCAGAGUUCGCGUCCAAGGUGUCCAUCCUCGUCAUACAGCAGCAGCCGCCCAACACCAACAACGCUGUUGCACCUGCCUAGCUAGCCACU